CGUCGCUUUCGUCAAGCUCAGCAAAACAUUAAUCCGGCAACAUGGAAAGAUCUCGUUCAUCUUCUCCAUGGGGCUCCCCAGAGGUGCCAGAAAAUCAACAAUCGCCACGGAUAGCCCCUGGUGAACUUACUCCUAGGAGCAAAAUCAAGGCUUUGUUGGCGAACUUUGACGAUGACGAGCAGGGAUCUGAUGACGACGGAUCCAGUCGUGCAAGAGAAAGGUUACGAGCGGCAAUUGCAACACGGAAUGAAGAGAAUACGAGGGCCUCUAACAAGCUCGACAAACAAUCGACUUCUGCCACGAAGCAUACCACAACCGGCUCAGAUGAAGAGGAUAGCGACGAUGAUGUGGCUUUACGACCUAGAGGCAGAUUGGCUGCACGUAUGAUGGCUUCUAAAGCAGAUAAGGAGCAGGAGAAGAGUGAUGGACACCAGAAUGAUGAGGCAAACUCUCCCGGGAAAAAGCGGCUUGGCGGACGUUUGGUUUUAAGAAAAGCCGUGGACUCCCCCAAAACUAGUCCUCGUACUGCUGAGCAGAGUAGUCAUCAGGGACAAGAAGCCGAGAUUGGUGAUCAGGAUGUUUCUAGUCCUGCAUCGCAGGAGCCAAGGACGAAACCUGUUCGGAGCUUAUUUGGACCAUUUGAGGAAGAGCAGGCGCCCCCGUCUGAGACCGUGGAGGUAGUCGGGGAGAAUCCAACACUACGAGUUGACAAUGAUGCGAGUGGCUCGGACUCAGACCUGCCUGAUGAACCCCAGAACAAUGCACGACUGUUGGCUUUGGUCGCUCGGAAGCGGGAAGAGCGAGCAGCCAAGGAGGCUGAAGCUGCCCGUGCAAGAGAAGAACGCGAAGCCCGACUCAAAGAAGCGCAGCAAUUAGAUUCGGGAUCGGAGUCCGGAUCCGACAAGGAAACUGGUAGAAGGUUGACGCAACAAGCGCGACCCACGAGGAAGGCAAGCAAGAAGGCUCUUGAAGAUAUGCAUCGCGAGACGCAGCGGAUGAGUCGAAAUAUGCAGUUAGCCCACGAAGCAAGGACGAAGAAAAAGAUUACAAAAGAAAGCCUUUUUGCAAGAUUCAACUUCCGUGGAAACCCCGCGUCCUCUACUACUCCGACAGAGGAGGCGCAGAACAAAGGAUCGAUCAGCGAUAAUGCUGCUACAACAUCUGGAAGCAGUUCUGCACCGACGUCUGAUGUGGAGCAUGCUGCAGGAAAAGACACGCCUCCAACGAGUCCAAUCCUGCCCGAAAACAGUUCAGCAGAAAAGGACAACACGGAGGGAAAGUCUCUCGAGACUGUCGAUUCUGCCCCUUCAAUUGCUAAUGAUAUAGCUGGAACGAAUGAUGAGAACGAAGACAGGGAUGGACCGACUUUGGAGGAUUUACUUUCCCAGCCCAUCCGGAAAAUCGACAAAGGCAAAGGAAAAGCCACCGAAGCUGUUGCUCAGUCAGGAGCUCAAAAAAGAACGGAAAUCACAGGCACCAAGUCAAAAAGGAAUUCAAGCAACGUGCAAUCAUUCAAUUUCCGGUUGCCGGACUUCUCCAGAGUCGCAAUUGGCAAUGAUUCUGACAGUGAUUUGGAAAUCGUUCCGGCCAAGUCGAAAAAUCUAUCAGUGUUUGAUCGUGUCAAGCCCCAGGAAAAGCAAGAUACGCGUUCAUAUAUCAAGCUGCGUGCGCUUGCUCACCUUACCUCUCCGGGUAGAAAAAGGCGAAACGAGGGGCCUUCCAUGAACCCAGCCCAACUUCAAGCGACGCUGCAGCAACGGGCAAGGCAGCAGGCUGCGAAACAGCGCGAGGAGAGGAUUCAGGAACUACGACAAAGAGGCAUCAUAAUCCAGACUGCGGAAGAGCGAGACCAAGCGCAGAUGGAGGUUGAAGACUUGGUAGAGAAAGCUCGACGAGAGGCCGAGGAGAUUAUGAAACGAGAAAAGGAAGCUGCGAAGGAAGAGAAACGACGAGCCGGUAUCGAUGUUUCCGAAGACGACGAAGAGGAUGGCGAUUGGGAGGGUGAAUCAGAUGAAGGAGAAGCGGGAGAUACUGAUGGCGACGAUGAGGAAGAAGACGUUGAGCAAUUUGGAUCAGAAAAUGAAGGAGAAGAUGACGAGGGAAAUGAAAUGGAGCUACAACAAAAGGCUGACGGCGCUGGAUUGAUUGACGGCGAGGCGGCAGAGGAAGAGGAGCCCUCGAUGGAUGAGGAUGAAUCAGCAGAAUUUUCGGUGGCUCCACAGCAGCCCCCCCAGAGAAAAUCCCGAAAUUUGCGCGUCAUCUCUGACGACGAAGAUGAAGACGAUGAUGCAAACGGGCAAGUUCAGGAGGAAUCUUCGUCUAUGCAGCAAAAGGGUUUGCCGCCAACCAACGUUUCUGCGAUCCCGGGACUAGCCGGCAUGAAAGAUGCCCCAAUGUCUUUGACGCAGAUGUUUCAAGGAACCAUGGCGGCGAGUGAAACACAGGAUCCCAGCAUGAGCAAACAGGAGAACCUGGACGAGAUUGAUAUGGAGCAAGACUCCUUAGCCUUCCUACGGCAAAUGCCCGGCAAUGAGCCCUCAGAACUUCGUUCUUUUAUAGAAGGAGGGUCACAGGAUAUUGUAAGGGACAGCCAAGGUUAUUCUCAACAAGAUGAAAUCACAUUACACUACUCGCAAUCGCAUACCUACGCCAAUGGUUCAAACGACUUAUCACAAACCAUUCCCGCGACUCAACUUUCCGAGAUACCCGAUCCAACCCAGGAUGUCGGGCUCCGAAUGAAUUCUUUAGUCCAGAAUCGCCAUGGAUUUGAAGAGGAUCCACCGUCAACUGUCGCGACCGUUAUCGUAUCGCCCAAGAAUGAGAUGAAGAGAAGAGGCCGUCUUCGACGUCGCGGAGUUGACCGUGAGGCUUUAUUGUCCGACGUCGAGGAAGAGGCUACAGCCACUGAGACCGCAGCUACAGAGCAAGGAGAUUUUGAGAUUUCUGCAAACGCGUUUGACAUCUUACGAAACGGUGCCAGGAAACCCCAGAGUACCCCGUUUGACAGAGAAAAAAGCAAAGCAAAAGCGAUGGUCGAGGAACAAGCCGAAGAAUCAGAGGACGAAUACGCCGGACUUGGAGGGGCGAGCGAUGACGAAAAUGCUAGCGAGGACGAUGAGGAAGUCCGUCAAAUGAUUGAUGAAGGUGACGUAGAGGUCAAAGAGAGAGAAUUGGCUGCUCUCCAUGCAGACAAGGAGCGUGCGAAUGAUGAAAAGCAAGUCAAGAAGCUGUUCCGAGAUAUCACGACCGGUAUGCUUCGUCGCAAACGGGGCGCAGAUCUCGAUCUUUCAGACUCGGAUGACGAUGGGGAGGCUCAACGACGAAGGAAGCGGAGAGAGUUUGCCAAGAUGAGAAAGGCCUUGCUCGCAGACGAGAACGUAGGCAAAAUUGCUGAGAACCCCAGGAAAUUGGCGUUCCUCCGCGCCAUUGAGGACCGCGAUGAAGAAGAGGGAACCGGUUUCCUCGACCAAACUGAGGAUGACUGGCUGAUGCCGCACAUAUCACAGUCACAAUCUCAAUCUCAGGAUCCGCUAGACACACAGGUGCAGCCCGCUGAGUCUGUGACCGUUGCAACAAGCAACAACGAUAACAGCAUCGGAAAGCGGAAGCGCUCCAUAGACGAGACAGAAGGCAAUGAGGAAAACCGUCCGCCUCCUCAUAUGCGUCAGCACGCCACCAAAGCUUUGUCCAAAUCAAAGCGGCCCUCUACGCUCGCCGAGAUCCGGCAAUCUGUCGCUUUCCUUACCGAAGCACCAAACGCUCCAGCACACGCCCCUGAUUCCGAGUCCGAUGAAGAGAGACCGGAAUCUGACGAAAUUGACAGAGUCGAAGAUAGCCAACUAAGCAUGAUGGCAACUGCUGUAGAUGCAGGCGCAGACGCUGAAAACAAUAUUCAAACCACCACAUGGACCACAACUACCUCCAAGCCCAACGCUCGUGAUCCGUUUGCUAGCCGCCGAACUACCCGCUCUCACGCAAUCAUUGAUCGCAUCUCUCUCCGGCGCGCCGCAAGCUCAAAUGCCUCUUCUGCUGGCGGCAAAAUGGCCUUUCACGAUCCUUCUGCAACUGGGUCAUCCUCCGCAACCGGCUUUCCUUUCCGUGUCCCUAGUCUCGUGCGGCGCGCUACAUCAAAUCUGAGCGCUGCAUCGCUGAAUAGCAGCGGCCAGAAUGCAUCUCCUACCGGCGUUGUCGUUGCUCGGGAGCGGCAAGCCGGUGGAGAUAGUACAGACUCGAUUGUCAAACGCGGCGGCACUAAGAAGAGCAGUAUCAAUUAUCAUCAAAACGCGCGCGCGAAAGAAAGAGAAAGUGAGCGUACAAGGGCCAUACGAAAGAGCGAUAAGAAGAGAGAAGCAGGCCGGAUCAGGCUUGCUAGUGAGCGUGGCGGUCUUUUGGGAAUGAUUGGUGGUGGCGGCUCUUUUGACUAAUGGGUUUGUUGGUUAUGGCCCUUUUUUUUUAAUGAAUUGUUGUUGAUUCUUCAGCGGUAGCAUGUAUUUCACUCAUGCUCUUGCGCCCGCCUUAUUUUUAUGGGUCUGGUUUACUUUUAUGUUCUUUCCUCUCAUGGCCAUGGCAGCAGUACUCUUGGCAACCCGGCGCAUUUCGGGGAUUGGUGUUAUUUUCACUCAAAGACAUUUGUUCUGUUUCAUAGCGUAUUAGCAUGCAUUCUGAACAGCCUGACAUUAAAUGAGCGAGGU